UAUUUAGUGAGAGAAAAUAAGAAAAAAGCAAAAUAACAGAGAGAGAAAGAAACGGGCACUUUUAGUAUAGGGCCACGGACGCUAUCAGCCCUCAUUCAAUGCUUUACCGAACUCGCCACCCCUUUUUCCUCCAAUACCAUCCCUUUACUUCUUCUUCUUCUUCAAUCCCUUCUUCCUCUGCAGCCACCACUAGUCUCUCUUCUCUUCCGUUCUUGUCCUCUUCUCUUUCUGCGCAGGUUGAAACCGAAAUGGAACUCGUUGAGACAGCUUUGAAAACAAGUAUUAGCAAGGAGAUGCUGAUGAAACCGAGCCCUCAAGCGUUUCUCGAUGAUUUGUGGGUCGCGAGUGGGCAAAAUGGUGUAGCUUGUGACGAUUUUUUUGUCGACGACCUCCUUGACUUAUCUAAUGAAGACGGGCUUGUCGACCAAGAGCCUGAGGAAGAGGAAGAAAAAGUCUCUGUCUCUGUUUCCACUAUAAAAGAACACCAAGAAGAACAGGAAAGCUUAAACCCCAGUACCAGUUUCUCACCCAAAGACGAUUUUGGGUCUUUACCCACAAGCGGACUCAGCGUUCCGGCAGAUGAUUUGGCGGACCUCGAAUGGUUAUCCCAUUUUGUCGAGGAUUCAUUCUCAGAAUUCUCUGUACCUUACCCUACCGGAAUUUUGACGGAGAAGCACAACAACCAAACCGAGAAAGGACCCGAACCGCAAAUUCCUAUUUCCGUUAAUUCCUGCUUCAAAAUCCCUGUUCCGGCCAAGGCCAGAAGCAAGCGGACUCGAACCGGAGGUCGUAUUUGGUCACUUGGGUCCCCUUCGUUCACGGAAUCUUCUUCCAGUUCCACCUCUUCGUGUUCUUCUUCGUCCCCUUCAAGCCCUUUGCUUAUAUACACAACCCAAAGUAUUGAACCGGUUGGCUCCGUGGAGAAACCUCCGGCGAAAAAGCCGAAGAAAAAACCGUCGGUGGACUCGUCCGGUGGCGUUUCAGUUCAGCCGCCACGGCGUUGCAGCCAUUGCGGUGUGCAGAAGACCCCGCAGUGGAGAACUGGUCCGCUGGGUGCCAAAACCCUCUGCAACGCAUGCGGUGUCAGGUACAAGUCGGGUCGGCUUUUACCCGAAUAUAGACCCGCAUGCAGUCCGACUUUUUCCAGCGAGAUACACUCUAACCACCACCGUAAAGUGCUGGAGAUGCGGCGGAAGAAGGAAACAACCGAGUCCGGUUUGGCUACUCCAGACGUGCCCAAUUUUUGAUUUUUUUUUUAAAAAAAAAAAAAAACCAGAAACUAAAAAAAUAGCUAGGUUUUAGAAAAUAGGGAAGAAGAAGAGAGAUAGGACAAAGAACCGGAAGCACUGAACCCGGUUCAAAAACGGGCCCGAGUUAAUGUACAUUGCUUUUUUCAUGGUGGGUGCGGUAGGUUUCUAAGGCUUGUGUAACUGAUUAGGAAAGACUUAAAAAUAUGUACCUUUUUUCUAAAAAAAAUUUAUUUUUCUGAUUUAACAAA